AUGUCUGCCCUUGCAAUCGGGAUCGCUGCUCUGGAAGCGGGUGAGCGCGUGGGCAUCGAACGAGCUGAUCUGGUCGUUCAGGGGACCCGUCUCCAGGCGUGCCGUGUUCACUAUGCAAUCGGAUCAGCGUUGAUGCUGAUGAAAAAGAAUGAGAUCGAGAACGGGAGGGUGAGGGUGGAAAGAGUCGUCGUACCGCACGUAUCAGAGGGAGCCGGACUUUCGACGCAGCCUUUGAAUUUCCGAUCUGUGCACAGCUUGAUUUGCCGGUCCGCUCUGAUAGCCACUGUCGCCGGUGCUGCUGUUACUAUCGACGCUGCGAGCGCGGCGGCGAACGAGGGCCUGACUGACAUCCGAUGCAAGUCCGACCGUGGCCCCCGGCUAGGGCUUGCUCCAAGCUACUACUACUACUACUACUACUACUACUACUACUACUACUACUACUACUACUACCACUACAGUACACUACAGUACUAG